AUGCUGCGACAAACUGUCUUAAAGAAAACCGGCUUGUUUGCUCAUUCUUUCUCACGAGCAGCUCAGCAACCAACCAGGCUUGCACUUAUAAGGUUCUAUCAUGAGAAGGUAAUCGACCACUAUGAACGCCCCCGUAACGUGGGUUCGCUUUCGCGAAACGACCCAAACGUGGGUACCGGUCUUGUAGGAGCACCAGCUUGUGGUGAUGUAAUGAAAUUACAGAUAAAAGUAGAUGAGGAAACUGGUAAAAUUAUUGACGUCAAAUUUAAGACAUUCGGUUGUGGUUCCGCCAUCGCUUCAUCCAGCUAUAUGACCGAAAGGGUCAAGGGAAUGUCGAUUGAUGAGGCAAGCAAUAUAAAGAAUACUGAAAUUGCUAAAGAGUUGUGUUUGCCACCAGUCAAGUUACAUUGUUCGAUGCUUGCCGAAGAUGCCAUCAAGUCAGCCAUUAAGGAUUAUAAAUCGAAAAGAACCUCACUAAAUUAA